AUGUCGAUCGAGAGCUGCACCGAUUUCCAAGAGCUGCCGGAGGGUUGCAUAGCGAACGUGCUGUCGCUUACGAGCCUCAAGGAUGUCUGCCGGCUGUCGUUGGUAAAUUCUACAUUCCGUUCGGCUGCGGAAUCUGAUGCCAUCUGGGAGAGGUUUCUGCCGCCUGAUUAUCGUCACAUUAUUUCCCGAUCAAUUGAAGGUGCUGAUUCGAUUCUGGCUAAGUUUCGUACCAAGAAAGGGCUUUAUCUCUACCUCUGUCAUAACCAUAUCCUCAUCGACGGUGGCACCAAGAGCUUUUCAUUGGAGAAAGGGACGGGAAAGAAGUGCUUUAUGCUGGCUUCAAGGGACCUCUUUAUUGUGAUGGGUGAUGCACCUGAAUUUUGCAAAUGGAUCUCUUAUCCUAACUCCAGAUUUCCAGAGGUCGCAGAGCUUCUUGCUGUGCGUCGGUUUGAAAUUUGUGGCAAGAUAAAUACUGGCAUGCUUUCUUCAGGAACUAAAUAUGCAGCUUACAUCGUGUUCACUUCGAGGUCAAGAAUUGAAGGAUUUAAGUACCAAAUUUCUAAGGCUUCGAUACAAAUUGGACAAGAAACUAAACAACGAAUUGUCUGUAUAGAUCCAGAUGAAGAACAAAGGCAAAGGUGCAUGACUGUUCCUUGCCCCACAUUUUUCAUGCACCAAAUCUCUCAUUUAUGUAGUAGUAUAGACAACAUGCCCGCAAUGCCCAAUGCCAGAUAUCCCAGGCUCAGGGGCGAUGGAUGGUUGGAAGUUCAGUUGGGAGAGUUCUUAGUCAAGGAAAAACAUGAUCGGGAUGUGAAAAUUAUUCUCAAGGAGAUAAAGCGUGGAAUCUGGAAGAGUAGUCUCAUUAUUCAAGGUAUUGAGAUCAGACCAAGAGCUGCGUAG